CGCGCCACCAUGGCCUUUCGGAAGAAGAGCGCCAAGAACCCCCCCGUCCUGAGCCAGGAGUUCAUCCUGCAGAACCAUGCGGACCUCGUCGCCUGCGUGGGGAUGUUCUUCGUGCUGGGGCUCAUGUUCGAGGGGACCGCCGAAGUGUCUAUCGUGUUCAUCACCCUCCAGCACAGCGUCACCCUCCCGGCCGCAGACGCGCGAGCCGCGGAGUCCAAGUCCCUGUACCAUUAUGGUGUCAAGGAUCUGGCCACGGUCUUCUUCUACAUGCUCGUGGUCAUCAUCCUCCACGCCACCCUGCAGGAGUAUGUGCUGGAUAAAUUUAACAGGCGAAUGCAGUUCCCCAAAGCGAAACAAAGCCGAUUCAAUGAGUCCGGCCAGUUUAGUGCGUUCUACCUGGUGUCCUGCCUCUGGGGCACCUUCAUCCUAGUCUCUGAGAACUGCCUGGCGGACCCCACUCUCCUAUGGAGGGCUCACUCCCACACCAUGAUGACAUUCCAAAUGAAGUUUUUCUACAUAUCCCAGUUGGCUUACUGGUUUCAUGCCUUCCCCGAACUCUACUUCCAGAGAACCAAAAAACAAGACCUCCCUCGCCAGCUGGUCUACGUGGGGCUUCACCUCUUUCACAUCGCGGGGGCUUAUCUCUUGUACUUGAACCACCUGGGGCUGGUUCUGUUGAUGCUGCAUUAUUUGGUUGAGUUUCUCUCCCACAUCUGCGACCUGUUUUACUUCAGCGAUGACAAGUACCAGAAAGAGCUUUCUCUGUGGGCGGUGGUGUUUAUUUUGGGCCGCCUGGUGACUUUAAUGGUUUCUGUGGUCACUGUUGGCUUUCACCUGGCCGGAGGACAGAGUCCCAGCCCCGAUGCCGUGACUGUGGACGUCAAUGUGCUGGCAGCAAAAAUUGCCGUGUUGUCGUCCAGUUGCACCAUUCAAGCCUACGUAACCUGGAAUCUGUUUAACACGCAGCUUCAGAGGUGGGUGAAGGAAGAUGCUACUCUUCAGGCCCCAAGUGUGAAGAAGAAGCGGACUAAAGGCAGGUCUUCCAGGAAAGGAACAGAAAACGGUGUGGCCACUGCAAAGAGAGUAGACUCUCCCCCUCAGAGGAAAGAGAAAUCUUCCUAAUGAAUUGCGAAUGAACUGGUUCAUGUCCCCAAAGAAGUCUACUCUCUAUCAGCAGAUACUUAUCUGCACUAGAGACUUUUGGGUUCUUGAGAAUAGUUUGUGUUGUCCUUGAUUUUUUGCUGUUGUUCUGUGUAAUGUACGUUUUUGAAAGCCUUAGGGGAGGAUCGUUAUUAUGAGUGGGGGGGAAAAACGCUGAUUUUUAGCCAAGCUACUUGUCCUGGGAUCACCACUGUUCUUUGUUGUUUGUUUGUUUGUUUGUUUUUCACCUUUGAACUUUUUCCUAAUGAUUUAUACUGAUGACUACAAAGUUCUGCGUAUCAAUGGCACAAUUUCUUGCUUCCACCAAUCUUUUGUAACACUAGCAAGAUGGUGAACUUGACAGUUUUCUUGUUCUCGUUCAGAAUCUAAUGAAAAUAACAUACAGGUGGAAGUCAACAUCAAUAAUUUUUCAAUCUUCUCUGAUCACUUAGAUUUUUUAAUUUAGAACUUACACCUGAAGAAAAGAUUUGUAAAGCCACCAAAAUAAUAAUGUAUUUUAUAGCUAGUGGUUCAUAGUGUUCCAUCCCCAUUAAAGAACCUAAAUACUAAUGGA